GCUGACGCGCAAAGGGCGGGCCGGGGCUGUGCGCGGCCUCUUUCCUCGCCCGCCGCUGCCUCCGCCGCAGCUGCCGCCGCAUCCGCCGCCAUCGGGGCCGUGACGGGGCCGCCCAGAAGUUUAAAAAAUGGCGAAGUUUGUGACGCCCGUGAUCCAGGACAACCCCUCCGGCUGGGGCCCAUGUGCUGUGCCGGAGCAGUUCAAGGACAUGCCUUACCAGCCCUUCAGUAAAGGAGAUCGCUUGGGCAAGGUGGCUGAUUGGACUGGAGCCACGUAUCAGGAUAAAAGAUACACAAAUAAGUACUCGUCACAGUUUGGUGGCGGGAGUCAAUAUGCCUAUUUCCAUGAGGAGGAUGAGACCAGCUUCCAGCUGGUGGAUACGGCGCGGACGCAGAAAACCGCGUACCAGAGGAAUCGCAUGCGAUUUGCACAGAGGAAUCUUCGGAGGGAUAAGGACCGCCGGAACAUGCUGCAGUUCAGCAUGCAGACGCUGCCCAAGAGUGCCAAGCAGAAGGAGAGAGAUCGUUUGCGUCUACAAAAGAAGUUUCAGAAGCAGUUUGGAGUGAGGCAGAAAUGGGACCAAAAAUCACAGCAGAAGCCUCGUGACUCCUCUGUGGAAGUUCGCAGCGACUGGGAGGUGAAAGAGGAGAUGGAUUUCCCUCGGCUGAUGAAGAUGCGCUACCUCGAGGUGUCAGAGCCACAGGACAUAGAGUGCUGUGGAGCCCUAGAAUACUAUGACAAAGCCUUCGACCGCAUUACAACACGGAAUGAGAAGCUCCUGAGGAGCAUCAAGCGCAUCUUCCAUACCGUUACAACUACUGAUGACCCAGUUAUCCGAAAGCUGGCCAAAACCCAAGGGAAUGUGUUUGCCACAGAUGCCAUCCUGGCCACACUGAUGAGCUGUACUCGCUCCGUCUAUUCCUGGGACAUCAUUGUCCAGAGGGUUGGAUCCAAGCUUUUCUUUGACAAGAGGGACAACUCAGAUUUUGAUCUUCUGACUGUCAGUGAAACAGCCAAUGAGCCACCACAAGAGGAAGGCAACUCCUUCAAUUCUCCACGCAACCUUGCCAUGGAAGCUACCUACAUCAAUCAUAACUUCUCCCAGCAGUGUCUGAGGAUGGGAAAGGAGAAAUACAAGUUUCCCAACCCAAACCCCUUUGUGGAGGAUGACAUGGAUAAAAAUGAAGUUGCCUCCGUUGCCUACAGAUACCGAAGGUGGAAGCUCGGGGAUGAUAUAGAUCUCAUCGUCCGCUGUGAACAUGAUGGAGUGAUGACAGGAGCUAAUGGAGAAGUGUCAUUCAUCAACAUCAAAACACUGAACGAGUGGGAUUCCAGGUAUUGCAAUGGAGUAGACUGGCGCCAGAAGCUUGACUCUCAGAGAGGAGCCGUGAUUGCCACAGAGCUGAAAAACAACAGCUACAAAUUAGCCCGCUGGACAUGUUGCGCGUUGCUGGCCGGGUCAGAGUAUCUUAAACUCGGGUACGUAUCCCGUUACCACGUGAAGGACUCUGCCCGCCACGUGAUCCUGGGCACACAGCAGUUCAAGCCCAAUGAGUUUGCCAGCCAGAUUAACCUGAGCAUAGAGAAUGCUUGGGGCAUCCUGCGGUGCGUCAUCGACAUCUGCAUGAAGCUGGAUGAGGGCAAGUACCUCAUCCUCAAGGACCCCAACAAGCAGGUGAUCCGCAUCUACAGCUUGCCUGAUGGUACCUUCAGUUCUGAUGAAGAUGAGGAGGAUGAGGAGGAAGAAGAGGAAGAGGAAGGGCAAUGACAGAGAGGAACGAGGCUGCCGAACGUGUGUCCCAGAGGAUGGCACUUGGUGGUGAAAAAGGUUUGGGUGACAUCGUGAGCGUUCAUUGGGAAAGAAGAAGAGCUCUGAGAGUUGGAAGUGCAGAUAUUGUCCCUCUUAAUGAAUACUGAACGAGGUAUGAAUUUGGCAGAGGUGGAGGAGACAACCCAAGUCCGAAGUGCGGACUGGGAGAAUGAAGCUGGCCAAAGAGUCCUUCAUUCAGCAGCCCUGGGAUCUGGGAGGGUGGCUGUGCGCUGAUUUCUGUUUAUCCUGGGGUUGUUUUUCACUGCAGUUUUAGAAAGGAGGGUGACUAAGGUGACACUAAAAGGCAGGGUGACCUAACUUGGUUUAAGUAACUCAGAGAAGGCUUUUACCAAGUUACUGUUGAAGUUGAGCAGUUGCUGGUUGGUCAGUCUGGGAGUUCAGGAGGAGUGGUGGACAACUGCCGUCUUCACUUUGCCACCUAAAACCAUCUGCAGUCCCUGACGCAUGAUCUGCAUCCACUCUGUUGACACUGGGUAACCGCCGACUUGGAGCUCUUGCCCUUCCAUACAAAAAAUAUCUUCCAGCUCCUUAUUUUUAGGCUGUGCAUUUAGCCUGGCUGCUCUGGGUUUCCUCAUGGAAAUUUUAGGUCACUGCAUAACUUGCU